CACAGGAUGACAUGAUGGUGUGUGUGUUUACUCCAAAUAAAUAAUAAAGAUUAAUUUGUGUAAAAUAUUAAUUAACAAUAAUGAUAAAUAAGUUGUAAUAUAAUAAUUCAUAAAAAUGAGUGAAAGAAAAUUUACAAGAGGUCUUGGAAAAGUUGGAAUGGCAGCACAAUUACGAGAAACUGUAUCUCAGGUUGUUCGUGAAACAACUGUCCAGAAUAAGCCACACCUUGUUGAACCCAUUGACUUUGAAAGUUUUGUAUUAAAAAAUAAAACAUUAAUGCAAAAUGAUCCACAGCGUGAAUUAUUAUUAUAUCCACCUGAUGAUGUUUCACAAAUUGUUUUACCAAGAAGACACAGAACAGUGGAGCCAAUUGUUGAAAAAAUAUUAGAGGUGAGUGAUGGAACAGAAAGUCUAUUAACUAAAGAAUGUUUACGUAGUUAUGCAUCAAAUUGGAAUUUAGUACACUAUAAAUAUGCAUCAUACAGUGGUACAUAUUCUGAAUUGCCAAAAUUACAAAAAUUAGAUGAACUUAAAGAUGAAAUAUAUGAAAUUGACAUUGAUGUUGACCAAAUUGAUGAUGAUAUUACAAAAAUUGAUGGUAUAACUAAAGAAGGAUAUUUAAUGAAAGGUCCUGAUAUUGGUAUUAGUGAUAGAAUGUUUGUUAAUAUUGGAUCAAAAUCAUUUAAACGACGUUUUUGUCAUUUACGUCAAGAAGUUGAUGGUACAUAUAUACUUGAACUAUUUAAAGAUGAUAAAAAAGGUGAAACAAAAUUAGCAAUUAUUAUGGAUUUUUGUACAGAAGUUAUACGUAAUCCAAAACGUGGUAGAUAUUGUUUUGAUUUAAAAAUGAGUGGUACACAUAAAUCAUAUACAUUUGCUGCUGAUAAUGAAAAUGACAUGCAAGAAUGGUUAUUAAAGCUAACAACAGUAUUACAACAUUAUAAACAACAAGAAGAAAAACGUGCAGCAUCAUUAGAAAGAACAAGUCAAACACCACCACCAUCACCAAUGCCACCACCACCAGUAUAUGGUACAUUAAAAGGUCUUGAACAAUCAAUGAAUCCACAAUUAAUUAAAUAUUCACGUGAAACUGAUUCAAGUAUAUUAAUAACACGUCGUGAAAAUAGAAAAAAAUUAUUUAAUUUUUAUAAUAAUAAUUGUAAUAUGACAUCUGUAAGUAAAUCAAAUCCAACAACUCCAUUUAAUGAUAUGACAAUUGAGCCAUAUAAAGAACAAUUUGGUCAAAGAAUAUUUGUUAAAUGUGAAACAUUAAAAUUUCGUUUACAAGCACCAAUUGAUGAGAAUGAAACAUUGUGUCAAGUUGAGCCAUAUCAAACGACAUUGUGUUUAUUUGAUGCAAGAAAUGGUAGAAAAUUAUCUGAAAAUUUUCAUUUUGAUAUUAAUCAUGAAAUUGUACGUGAUAUGACAAAUGAAUUGAGUCCAAAUGUCAUAACAAAUGGUGAUAAUAAUAAUGGUGAUGAUGAUGAUAAAAAAACCAAACAAAAUGGUAAUCAUAAUGCAAAUGGAAAUGGAAAUGUUAAUGACAAUGAUGAACUACCAGAUGAUUUAAAAAAUAUUCCAAAUAAAUGGAUAAUGUAUCCAAGACAAGCAAUAUUUAGUAUAAAUAAUCCACAUCCAGAUAUAUUUCUUGUUGUUAGAAUUGAAAAAAUUCUUCAAGGUAGUAUUUGUCAAACAUCUGAGCCAUAUAUACGUGCAACAAAAGAUCCACGUUUAGGUUUAAAAGUACAUAAAAAUGUACGUUCAUGUUGUCAACGUUUAGGAAAUUAUAAAAUGCCAUUUGCAUGGUCAGCAAGACCUCUAUUUCGUUUAUACAGUAAUGAACUUGAUGUAUCAUCUGAUUUUCCAGCAAUAUAUCGUCAAGAACCAAAUAAAUUACGUGAUGAUGAUAUAUUAAAAUUAUUAAAUGAAUAUCGUAAACCAGAUAAGCUAAGUAAAUUAACAAUAAUACCUGGAUGGAUUAAAUUAACAAUUGAACCAUUAAUUGAUAUACCAGAUAAUACAUUAACAACAUCAUUAACCCCGCUAAAACCAUUUCCAUUACCACCAAUAGCUAAACCAACAAUUGAAAUUAUUGAAUUUGAUAAUUUAAUUGAAAAAGAUAUUAAUCCAUAUACAAAUUAUACAAAUCAUCUUUAUAUUUAUCCACAAACAUUAAAUUUUGAUACACAAAAAAUAUUUAAUCGUGCUAGAAAUAUUGCACUUGUUGUUGAACUACGUGAUGAUGAUGAUUGUAAUGAUGAAAAAUCAUUAAAUUGUAUAUAUAGUAAACCAGGUUCAAAUAAAAUUUUAACAAAACGUGUUAAUUGUGCUGUUUUACAUCAUAAUUCAAUACCAUCAUGGUAUGAAGAAAUUAAAAUACGUCUACCAACAAAAUUACAUGCAAAACAUCAUUUAUUAUUUUCAUUUUAUCAUAUUAGUUGCGAUAUGAAUAAAAAAAAAGAUAAUACAAUUGAAAAUUGUGUUGGUUAUUCAUGGUUACUAUUAUUACAAAAAGGUAAACUUAUGGUUGAUAUUGAUACAAAUAUACAACAUUUGUCAGUAUCAACACAUUUACCACCAGGUUAUUUAUCAAUAAAACCACUUGGUCUUGGUAAAGGUAAUGCUGGCCCAGAUAUAACAUGGAUUGAUGGACAAAAACAAAUAUUUACAGUGUCAUAUCAACUUGUAUCAACAGUAUUUACACGUGAUUCACAUUUACAUAAUUUUUUUUUACAUGCUGAAAAAAUACAUGACAAUAAGCUAUCUGGUAUACCAUCUGAUAAUGAAACAUGUAAAAUAUUAAAAGCAGCACAUGCCAUACAAUUAACAACAGCCAUAACAUUUUUACCAACAAUAUUAAAUCAAUUAUUUUCAUUGUUAACAUGUUCACCAGCACCAAGUGAACAAGUUGGUAUUUGUAUUAUUUGUCUUAUUAUACAUUUAAUUAAUUUAAUUCAUAAAGCUGGAAGAAAAGAUAUAUUAAAAACAUAUGUUAAAUAUGUAUUUGUACCACCAAUUAAAGAUACAACAUCUUCAUCUUUAUCUUCAUCUUUAGCAACAACAACAACAACAGCGUCAAUGACAACUGUACAUGAACAAUUGGCAAAAUAUUUACCAUUAUUAUUACAACCAAGUAAUCCAGAUUUUCUUGUUGUUAAUAAAUUUAUGCAUCAUUCAUGGUUUUUUUUUGAUAUUAUGGUUAAAAGUAUGGCACAACAUAUGCUUAUAUCUGAAAGAAUUAAAAUGAGAAGAAAUGAAAGAUUUCCAAUUGAUUAUCAUAAUGCAAUUAAACAGCUAAUACAAAUUGUAACACCAUAUUUAAUGAAUAAAUAUAAAGAUAUGCCAAUUGAAACACAUGAAUUAAAUAAAAGUUUAGGUUUAUUUUUAAAAAAAUGUUUAACAUUUAUGGAUCGUGGAUUUGUAUUUUCAUUAAUUAAUAAUUAUAUGGAUAAUUUUAAACCUGGUGAUCCAAAAAUAUUACAUGAUUUUAAAUUUACAUUUUUACAAAUAAUAUGUUCACAUGAACAUUAUAUAUUAUUUAAUUUACCAAUGAUACAUACAAGAUUAACAAAUAAUAAAGGCUCAGAAACACCUGAGCCAGAAGUCGAUGAUUUGAUGUUUGAAUAUUGUUUAUCACAAGAUUUUUGUAAACAUCAUUUUCUUGUUGGUCUUUUAUUGCAAGAAGUUAAAUCAUCGUUAAAUGAAGUAAUACAAACACGUAAAAUAGCAAUAACAACACUACGUGAUUUACUUGCUAAACAUGAGCUAGAUGAUAGAUAUCAAAAUAAAGGACAAUUAAGUAGAAUAGCAUCAAUAUAUAUACCAUGGUUAGGUAUUGUUUUGGAUAAUUUAAAUCGUUUUGAAAUAAUUGAACAACAAGAUCCAUAUAAAAUUGAGCCAAAAAAACAAAAUGGAAUAUUAUCAUCAAGUAAUUCAUAUUUAUCAAAUCAGCUAUCAUCAACAACAACAACAACAACAACUGAUACACCAGUUAAAUCAAUCAAUAGAUUUACUCUUUAUGUUGAUACACAUCAAUCACCAAUAAGAUCAUCAAUGCAUUUACGUGAUUCAACAUAUUUUGCAGCAAUUGCUGGACAAAGUUUAGAAAAUGGUUAUUCAAAUUCAAGUAUUGCAUCAAAUAAUUCAACAUUAUCAAGUGCAUCACAUUCACAUGUAUCACAAGAAACAACAAUUGCACGUGAUGCUAUUAUUGAUCCAAUUAAUACACAAAAUUUAACAAUUACAAAUAAUAAUAAUGCUGAUCAAAAUGGACACUCAAGAUCAUUGAGUGUAACACAAACAUCAUCACCAAGAUUUGACAAGUUACAGCCAUCUGAAACAAAAGAUAUAUUGUUAUGUUUUUUAUUUGUUGUUAAAUAUUUAAAUGAUCAACAAAUAAUAGGAUGGUGGCAACAGCUAUCAGACAAUGAGUUGUUAAAUUUUUUUACAAUUAUCGAAAUGAGUUUAUAUCAUUUUAAGUAUAUUGGAAAACGACAAAUAACAUCUAGUCCAAGUAUGAUUAAUGGUAAACCAAAAACAAUUAAAUCCAUGACAUUACCAGCACGUAUGGCACCACCAGAUUUUAUAACAAAUAAUGAUAGUAAUAAUACAACAAUAACAACAACAACAGACAUUGGAACAACAGCAACUGGUACAUUACAACCACAUAAUACAACAAUAAGAGAUAAUUUAAUUGAUGAAGAUCAUAGUAAAUAUCAUCAGGCAUUACUUGAUGCAAAUAUGUCAACUGAAAUUGGUCUUAUAACACUUGAUUGUGUUGGUUUAUUUUGUAUACAUUUUAAAAAUAUAUUACUAAUUGAUGGUGGUGAUAAUUUAAUAAUGGAAAAAUUAUUUAAUAUUUAUUUGACAUAUUUACAAAUUGGACAAUCUGAAACAAUGUUACGUCAUGUAUUUGCUAGUUUGCGAGCAUUUUUAAAUAAUUAUUCAAUUGCAUUGUUUCAAGGUAAUGCAGUAUUUUGUGGUAGACUUUGUUAUGAGCUGUUGAGAUGUUGUAAUAGUAAAUUAAGUUCAAUUAGACAAGAGUCAUGUGCUUUAUUGUAUUUAUUGAUGAGAAGUAAUUUUGAAUUUACAAGUAGAAAAGGAAUAACAAGAGUUCAUCUUCAGGUGAUAAUAUCAGUGUCACAAAUGUUGGGCAAUGUCAUUGGCCUAAACAAUUCAAGGUUUCAAGAGUCAUUAUCACUUAUAAAUAGUUAUGCGUCAUCAGAUAAAGUCAUGAAAGGCAGUGGCUUUCCAGUUGAAGUUAAAGACUUGAACAAACGUAUACGUACUGUUCUAAUGGCAACAGCACAAAUGAGAGAACACAACAAUGAUCCAGAAAUGCUUGUUGACUUGCAACACAGCUUGGCUAAUUCAUAUGCAAGUACACCAGAAUUGAGACACACUUGGCUUGAAACAAUGGCAAGAAAUCAUGCAAGAGACGGAAAUUUUUCAGAGGCUGCAUGUUGUCAACUUCAUAUUGCUGCACUCAUGGCUGAAUAUUUAAAAUUAAAAAAUAUGAACUCAUGGGGAGCUGAAGCAUUUGAUAAAAUAUCAAUAAAUAUAUCAAAAGAUGAAAGAGGAUUAAAACUAGAUGCUGGUGAGAUUUGGGUACAGGAUAUUCACUACAACGAGUCAAUUUUAUUACAACAACUUGAAAGUUGUGCUGAAAUGUUGGAAAAAGCUGAACGUUUUGAGGUUCUUGGUUCACUUUAUCGUUUGAUUAUUCCAAUAUAUGAAAAUAAAAGAAAUUACGUUGCAUUAUCAACAUGUUAUUCAAAUUUAAAUAAUGCAUGUACAAAAAUUGUUGAAGUAACUAAAACAGGUAAACGUUUACUUGGUAGAUUUUAUAGAGUUGCAUUUUUUGGCUCAGCAUAUUUUGAAGAUGAAAAUUGUCAAGAAUACAUUUACAAAGAGCCAAAAGUAACAUCAUUAUCAGAAAUAUCAGAACGUUUACAUCGGCUAUACUCAGAUAAAUUUGGUUUUGAAAAUGUUAAAAUGAUUAUGGACUCAGCACCAAUUGAUCAAUCAACACUUGAUCAAAAAAUAGCAUACAUACAAGUAACACAUGUGACACCAUAUUUUGAAAAAUACGAAUUAGAUUCACGUCCAACUGAAUUUGAACAAAAUCAUGAUAUAUGCUGGUUUAUGUUUGAAACACCAUUUACAAAUGAUGGUAAACCACGUGGUAAUCCAGAAGAACAAUGGAAAAGACGUACAAUUGUUAAAACAGAUUAUUAUUUUCCAUAUAUUAAAAAAAGAAUUAAAAUAAUUGAUAAAAAAGUAAUAUCAUUAAGUCCAAUUGAAGUUGCACUUGAUGAAAUGCGUCAAAGAGUACAAGAACUUGAAGAUGUUGCAUUAAUUGCACCAGCUGAUGCUAAAAAAUUACAAUUACGUUUACAGGGUAGUGUUUGUGUAACAGUUAAUGCUGGACCAUUGGCAUAUGCAUCAGCAUUUUUAGAUCCAGCAUUAUCACCACAAUAUCCAGAUGAUAAAGUUGAAGAAUUAAAAGAUGUAUUUCGUGAAUUUGUUAAAAUUUGUUAUACAGCAUUACAAAUUAAUAGUAAAUUAAUAACAAAUGAUCAACAAGAAUAUCAAGAAGUAUUGAGAGAAAAUUAUCAAAAAUUUUGUCAAAAUUUAUCGUCAUUACUUGGUGAAUCAGUAUGGCCAGAUGAAUAUAUUGGAAGUUUCAAAAGAAAUAGUUCUGCAUUAUUCAGUGCCAUUAGUGGAACAAAUAGUCACACAAGUAGUGCUUAAAUUAAUUAUAUUUAAUAAAAAAAAAAAACAUGACAUCAACGAUCUUUUAAAACAAUGCCUUUGUCUUUUUUAAAAAUUUAUAUACAAUUUUAUAAAGUCAAUUUUUAUCUCAGUUUAAAUCAAUUUAAAAUCAGUCAAUAGAAUCUCUUUUUUAUACUUUUUAUAACUAUGGGAUUAUACAAACAAAUAGUCUGAUAAACAUGACAUUGAUUCAAAAUAAUAUUAGCUAUAUUAUGCGUGUAAAUAAAUGUAGUAAAAAUGUAGUUUUGAAUGAUAAAAAAAAAGUAAUAAUAAAUAAUCACAGCAAGUAUUAAAUUAUACUUAUAAUAAAAUUUAUAAAAAAAAUCUUUUUCAUAAUAUUAUUUGUACAAAAUAUAUUUAAAAGGAAAAAAAUUAAUUUUUCAAAUUGAAUAUGUGAUAUUUAUUUUAUCCGGGCACAAUGUUUGAUUGUUUAUAAUUAUUAAAAUAAUUUUUUUAAUAUGUAAUUAUGUAUUUUAUUUAAUAAUUCAAUAGUAUUUUCUACAAAUGACAAUACAUUUCCAUGUAAUAUUAUUUUUAAAUCAAAAUUUAUAUAUUAGUUUUUCUUUUUAUUAAUUUUUUUUGAAAAAAAAUUAAUGCCACAAAGAAAAAUUAUAGUAAACAUAUUUUUCAUUUUGUUGUUAAUGUUUAUUUUUUAUUUAAAAAAAAAUAAAAUAAUUUAUGGUGUGAUAUAUCGAUGUCUAUUUCAUAUCAAGCAAGAUUUAAAAUAAUUUAUCAUAAUAUUUAUAGUAUUGACGUCCUAGUGAUGGAAUAAUCGCACAAAAAAAAAAUUUUAAAAAAAAAAUAAUUAUCCGUCUAAUAAACAUACUGUAUAUUGAUAUUUAUCAAUUGAUUGUUUUUGCAUAACGUGAACUAUGUUGUGAAAAAAAAUUAAGUAAUAAUGAAUUAAUAAAUAUUGAUAUUGAAUUUUCACCAAAAAA